AUGUUGGUUCUAAACUUUUCGACGCCCACGUGGCUCGUCAACUAUUAUCAUUUCAUCGGUGUCACGUCGUUCGUGCUCAAUUCGGCGACGAUUUGUUUGAUUUUGACGAAAAGCACAAAAAUCGACAAUUUUCGCUAUUUUUUGCUCUUUUUUCAGGUAACAACAACAUUCCGGGACACAAAGUGAACGUUUCAGAUUUUUCAGAUUUUGUGCACAAUUACAGACUUUCAUCUGACUUUUCUCAUGCAACCCAUGCCGCUGUUCCCGUUGAUUUCCGGAUUUUGUACGGGAUUCUUGGCCAAAUAUCUCGACGUUUGGUCUCAUUUUUUAAUGGUAAGCUGACCUACUUUUAACUAGGUCAUGACCUACUUUUCACUUUUCCUUCUAGGUCACGAGCUAUUUUGACCCACUUUUUUUUGCAGGCAUUCAUGAUAUCUCUGAUAGUGUCUCAAGUGGCGUGUCUCGGCCACUGUUUUGUGAAAAAGCAUCAGACGAUCGCGAAAAUCAUAAAUCGCCACAUUGUCCCCGAAAAAGUGUACAUUUCGUCAGUGACCGUCUCGGUUUGCGUGCCAAUUUUUUGCUAUUUCGUGUUUUGUGCGGCUGGAAUGAAUCGCUCGGAUCAGUUGGAUUAUGUCGAAGCGGUGGGUCCGACUUUGAAUUCGAGCCGCUGAAGUCCACCACAAUAUUCAGAACUUUCCGGAGUACCUCGGCGGCUUCGAAUCUCUUCCCAACUUUGCCAUUUAUACCCUCAAUUUCUGGUUCCUUCUGCUCGCAUGCGUCUGCUUUUGCGGUGGAGUUUUCGGUGCCCUUCUCUUCACAAUGACCACUCUGGACAUGUUCCGAAUGUUGCGCGGUGCUCAGCGAAAGGUCUCCGCCGCCAGUUUCCGUCGUCAUCAGUCGGCCGUCAAGAGUCUUUUGGCUCAGUUUGCCACGUCAUCACUGUGUUUGAUUCCGCCCUUCUUCUUCGUCAUCGUCAUCAUUGCCAAGCCGGAAAGCGCUCAGAGUUGGUGGCCUAGCAAAUUUUUUCGGCUGGCCUAACUUUUCCCAUUUUUCAGCUAUCGUUCAGGUGCUUCUGGCGAUUUUUACGCUUCAUUCAACUGUCAACGCCGUCGUUUUGAUUGUCACCACUCCUCCAUACCGUAAUUUUCUACUACGGUAUCUAACAUUUUCGCUUCGAGACGCAAACACUAACAAAAACAUUCAGAAAGAAGCCUAAUCGUCCGAGCCUCUUCGUAAAAGUCUCCAAUAGUCGAAAUUCGUUCCAAUAAACUUGCUUUCUAGUGAAAAGGUGUUGUACAGCAUCAACAUGAAAGGCAAAAAGAUAAGCCCAAUGCGGGGCUCGAACCCGCGACAACCAGAUUAA